AUGUCUCUAUCAUCGAAAUCUCGCGCCCAAGGCGCCAUCUGGGGUGUCUGCGUAGCCGACGCCCUCGGUGGCCCCGUCCAAUUCAAAGCCGCAGGAACAUUCGAGCCGAUCACAUGCCUAAGAUCCUGGAAACAACCAGCGGGAUCCUAUUCGGACGACGGGUCUCUAACACUAGCCCUAGCAUGCUCAUUCAACAAGUCCCAAAUGCAAUACAACCACACGCUAGCAAUCCACAACUUUGUCGCAUGGCUGACCAAAGGCCAAUUCAGCACAAUCAACCGCUCAUGGGACGUAGGACGCUCCACCCGCACCUCGCUGAAGCUGUGGUCGAAGCGUGGCAUAGACAAAGGUGAACUCGACGUGGCCCAGGCGUUGGUCAAUAGCAAAUUGGAUCACGAUGAGUUCUCUGGGAACGGGAGCUUGAUGAGGAUCGUCCCGAUUGGGUUGGUUUACUGGCGGGAUUCGGGACUGGCGAGGGAGAUUGCUAGAACGCAUAGUCGGAUUACCCAUCCUUCGCUCGCGUGUGUGGAGGCCUGUGAGGCGUACACGGAGUUGGUGUGUAGGGUUAUGAAUGGUCAGACGAAGGAGCAGCUCUAUCAAGCGGUCUCUGAGUUCCCAUUUACUCAUGCUGGUCUGAAGGAGCGCUUGUCGCCAUCUAGAUACGGAACUAUCAGCGACUGGAAAUCAAAGGAGCCUCGUGAUAUGACGAGUAGUGGAUGGGUUAUUGAUACCAUUGAGUGUGCCCUGUGGGCAUUCUUCAAGUAUGAUACUUGGAAGGAUGGGGCGUUGGCAGUUGUCAAUCUGGGUGGUGACUCGGAUACUGCAGGGGCUGUUUAUGGAGGUCUUGCAGGCUCUUUCUAUGGGUUUGACACUAUACCUAGUGAAUGGGUCGAUGGGAUGCAGAAGAAAGGGUUUAUUGAGAGUAUUGCUGGUGCUCUGUCUGAUGGGAUAGCUAGAGGAUAG